CGUAAUAUUUGUAUGACAUAUUCUUACCUAUCUAAUGCCACUACUUAAACAGUGACUUUCUAAUGUUUUUAUCAAUGUCUCGAACAUACGUAAAAAUCACAUCGAUCUGAGAAAAAAGUGAAAAAGAACUUUUACGUGCAAAAAUAAUUGAUUACGUAGUAUAAGUCCCUAACAACAUUUAUGUAAAGUUUGUCAUCAUAAAGAUAUUGUUUAUAAGUGUCUAAAAUGUCGUUAGUAAUAGUAGAUUUGAUUCUCAUUAUUUUAGGUCUUCUUCUUUUGAUUAAUUUUGAAAUUUCAUUAUUUUAGCUAUACUGUUCAAUGUUUUCCACAGCAUUCUAUCAUAGAUAAGAUCGCUGUAUGUAUUACUAGAAAACUAAAUAUGUGAAACAAAAACCAAGUAUGUUACUCAUUAUGUAAGAUAAUAGUAUAUUCUUUUAUAUAAUACUUUUUAGCAAAACGUUCGUCGAUAUUUCUCAAUUAUAUUAAAUGUAACGAUUUAGUGUCAUUGUCAUCUUUUUUGAGAUCUGAUAUAUAACUUUAGAAAGGUUAUUCAUGUAUGUCAACGAGCGUAUUUUUAUGUUUGUCUCAUUUCAAAUGAACUAGCAAAUUUAUUAAAUAAUCGUCAGUUUUGAUUGAUGAUUAAAAAUUUAAGUCGAUUUUCGAAUUCACCGAGGAAUAUACAACUCAGAAUAAUGGAGCCAAUUUUUACACAAUUUGUUGAACAAUUAUUAAACGAAAUAAAUGAACUUAUUAACGGCUAGUAAUGGUUUUGUUUGUAAAAUUGUUUGUUAUUGUCUCGUAAUAAAUAUGAUGUUAUUAAAAAGAAAAAGAAGCUGAUCAGAAUCUAAACGAAUGCAGUUUAUUAAGAAAAAUAUCAUAAGAUGCGUUGAUUCGAAAACUUUUGACCGAUGAAGUAUCAGUUUUUAAUUGAUACCAUGACUGGGUAGUUAUUGGUACGUACUAUAAGUCAUGUGCUUCAGGGUUACGAACCUCAACACUAUUAAGUCGUUUAAUGGGUUCUGAUUUAUAAUACAGUUCCUCCGAUUAAUCUUCGUAAUUUUCAGAAAAAGCCUCAAGGUAGGAUAUUUUUUCAGUUUUUACAAGAAAUUAGCCUUCAAUAAUUUACAAAACAUGAGCCUCUAACAAAACUAAACUAUUAAAAUAAACGUUUUACAAUACAAAUUGAUGUUAUGAAUAAAGGAUGAUAGUAGUCCCGUAUAAGGGAAUAACGCCAUUUUUCAAUAUUUUUUCUCAGAUCGAUGUGAUUUUUACGUAUGUUCGAGACAUUGAUAAAAACAUUAGAAAGUCACUGUUUAAGUAGUGGCAUUAGAUAGGUAAGAAUAUGUCAUACAAAUAUUACGAAAAUAAACAACAGUUUAUUGUUCAAGGAAAUUAUACAAUUUGUAUUUUACGGUAUAAAAUGAUGUCGAUAUGAUGUGAAUAAUAGUAAAAGAUUGAAAUUGUUUACGGUAUUGAGACCUUAACUAUUCGAAACUGCUGUAAAACUUCUGUAUUGGGUCACCUCUUUAAAAUGAUGACUUCUUCAUUCUGAACGCUUUUCCUAAAGUAAACAUUUCUGUAUUAUGACUACUUUAAAAAAUGUCUCACAAUGGAUAGGUUUUUUCUGUACAGAUAAAGGAAUUUUUAUUGAACAGAGUCACAUUGAACAGCAAGAUUUCGACUUGAGAGAUUUUAAGACUAAAAUAUAUCUAUCUUUUUCAUUCUUUUCUUCUGUUCUAUUUUACCAGACUUAUAACUAUAUAUAAUUCGUUCGUCUCGUUGGAUAUGUGGUGAGUGUGAGAGAUUCGUUUUAAUAGACUGUUUUGAAGAAACAAGUCUGUUUCAUUAGCAAUGGUCACCUUGUUUUUCCAUCACUCCAUUCUAUACUCUAGAGAAAACAUUUUGAAGAAAUAUUUAUCUAUAGGUGAGAGAAAGAACUGUAGGAAGCCUAUACCUUAGAAAUGUGUACAUUCUAUUUUUAGAUGGUUUUACAAGCCGUUUGGUUACUCAAACUUUUUAUCAUUAUUUCUUUUCAAAUUAAAUCUAUUAUAAGAUGGUUAUAUUUAAUAUAUUAUUAUUUUAAAUCAAAAAUUCCAUUUUUAAAAUUGUUGAUUUCUAAAACGAAACCAGUUAUUGAUAUUGAAUUAGACAAAGAUUGUUCAGUUUGUUUUGAACUCCGUUCACAUGAUUAUUAUAUGAAAACAUACGGCAAAGAAUGUAAACAUUUAAUUCGAACAGUGUGUGAUAUUUGUGUAUUUAAUCAUAUUGAAACAAAGAUUACAUCAGAUAUGGAAGUUCGAAUACCUUGCCCAGAAUAUAAUUGUCCGUAUAUAUAUGAUUUUAACGCUGUGAAGUCCAUUUUAUUAGAUAAAAGUGAAUUAUUUGAUCGAUAUGAUGCACUAUAUUUACAAUCUUGUUUACGAAAGAUGCCGGCAUUUGUAAGAUGUUCACAUGGAUGUGGUUCGGGACAAUUUCAUGAUAAAAACUUAACAAUAAUGAAACGACUAGUACUAAUAAUUGGAAAAUAUACUCCAGUUUGUUAUAUUAAACCGUGUCAAGAGAAGCAAAUUCCUCUUUUUAUGUCAAAUGACCUUUAUUGUGAAUCGAAUAUCGUUACUUGUCAUCAUUGUCAACAACAAACAUGUUUUUAUCAUCGUAUACCAUGGAUCGAUGAUUAUGAAUGUCAAAAAUAUACUUUUGAACUUUCGAAAAAUGAUCGAAUUAAGCAAUGUCCAAAAUGUUCGUGUUAUGUUGAAAAGACAAAGGGCUGUGAUAUUAUAAAAUGUCGAAUAUGUCGGCAUCGAUUUUGUUGGACAUGUUUUGCACAAGUCAAUUUAUUAGGUUAUGGUCAUAAACGAAAUUGUAAAAAUUUUCGAGUCUAUUCUUUUGUUCAUACAAUGUUUAGUAUUCAUUUAAUACUUUUUCUUAUAAUUGAUGUUUGUUUACCAUUUUAUCAACGCUAUAAUUUUAAAAUGGAUCAAACUGUUUAUGUUAAUCGUACCGCUUUUUGUAGAGCUUUAUAG